UUACUUCAUAUAAACAGGAAUUUCAAAACACAAUGACAACGCAAUGUGUUUGAGCAUCAUAUAAGAAUUCAAAGUCCGACGUUCGAAAAACAGUUUAAAAGUGCAGAAUAUUAUGAAGACAUCCCAAAAAAUCGACAUCUGUGGUCAUUUUCAAGAUCUUAAGAUGUUUGGGAAGCAACGACUUCGACGCUGUAGCAGUUGCACCGGUUUAGACGCGAUCUCAUUCCCUUUGUAUUCAUCGCAAGAUACCUGUAAGGGCUGGAAAGGAUGGAGCUUUUGUAGAACAAGAAAAAAGCUUGAAAGCACGAAGUCUUUACCAAAAAAUCACAUAUUUUUGGGGAAGAUCGAAACGGGACGAUUACUUGGCAGCGGUGGUUUUGGAACGGUUUAUGAAGGAAACUGUCUUGGAAAUCGUGUGGCUGUGAAACGUAUGCACAGAAUGUUCAGGAAACCGCGCGCAAUCUUUGAAAGUUUACAAUCAGAAAAACUUGUGCUCCAACUACGACAUCCCAAUAUCGUGCGAACCCUUGCAAUAGUGGAAUCUGAGAGUCUUACAGACGUUUUAAUCAUUAUGGAGUUCGCUGGAGAACGAAACCUGCAGAGUCUUAUCGUUGAUGAACGCGAAAAUCUCUGCUGUAAAAGACGGGUAAAAUUCGCGAGAGACAUUACACGUGCACUACAGGUUAUUCACGAAAGAAACUUAGUGCACCUGGACUUAAAGCCUGCAAAUGUCGUAGUAGAUUUGUACGAUACGUGCAAACUUGGAGAUUUCGGGUGUUGUCAACUCGUGAACCCCGGAAAUUGUGAACAAGAUUCUCUUCCUCCGAGUCCUACACAAAGCCCCAGCUCAAAAUCGUCUUUGACGGGAACGUAUGCAUACCGUGCCCCGGAACUUUUAAAAGGUGAAGAUCCAAGUACUAAGGCGGAUAUGUACUCGCUAGGGAUCUGCCUCUGGCAAAUGUUGACCAGAGAGCAGCCUUAUGGACUGGAAAGCCAAUUUGUAGUCAUUUUUGGAGUCGUUGCGAACCAAAUGAGACCUUCACUUUCACAUUUACCGGUGGAAGAGACGCAUGAUGAAGCAACCUGCGCGUACGUUGAACUUAUGACAGGUCUCUGGAGCGCAGACCGCGACAGAAGACCUUCUGCAAAUCAGACUAUGGAAGAACUACAAUAUAUUAGAACUUUAAGCAGGGACAUUAGCAGAGUUUCAUGCGUGAAAAGAUAACAAGGAAUGARGAUAAUUCCACGAUUAUUUUUGGAUCAAGUUCGACUCCGCGAGUCGACAGACCAUUGCAUCAUAACUGAAUGCGUACUGGAUUUUUUAAAUUAAGGAAUGUAUUUUUCCCUGUUUGGGAAAGGUUCUUAUCGUUGUAAAUAAAACAAAUGUGGAGAUAAA